CGAGAGAGGCGAGGGCGGCCGAGGGGGAUGGUGGUUGGUACCCGUUCGAUGGAACGUUGAAGCGGUUACCCCCGAGGUUUCUCGGCUUUUCAGUGCUACCCCCCUCCCGCGGAAGGAGAGAGAGGAAUCGGCGACACAGGUCGUACCAAUCGUGUGCAACCGCCGGUGGACAGACAGAGAGAGAAAGAGAGGCGGAGGGUGGGGGCCGAUAUGCCUGGUAUACGAGGAGGCGGUGUGUGAUCGUUUCGGUCGAGCAACAGCGGCACAUGCUACGGAGAUCCGUAUCAAUUCGCGACUGUGAUUUCUAAGCUUAAGGUUUAAACAAAUUAUUCACGGGAAGAGUCGUGGAAAGAGAUGAAGAAACGGGGGAGAAGACAGAUGAUGGUGAUUAUGGGGAUGAAGGUAAUGAGGAUGAUGACGGCGAUGACGACGGACGGAGAUCGAGAUGUGGAAUAGUAAACGGUACACCGUGAAAAAAGAAGAUUUAAACAAAUCGUCCCAUUGUGAUACUAAGAUAUAUUAAAACGAAGAUUAUUAAAGUGAACACGUGCGCUCAAGGAAAUGGGUGUGAAUGAAAGGGGGCGCAACGUACAGUGUGCCAGGAUGAAAUGCGAGUGUAAUUAAUGGAAACGAUGGUCGAUCGCGAGGCAUGCGUCGGAUCUACAAACUGUGAUACACCGAUAACCACACUAUGGGGAAGCCUCUGAUGUUCAAUCACUGACGUUCAGACUCGCGUGUACCGACCGUUCCAGGGGAACACAAGUGGGAUGAAUCGGCUCGCUCGGGAUCACGUUCUCGGCCGCCUCGUGACACGUUUACAGUGAGAGCAGAACCGCGCGCGGGUGCUCGAAAGGAGAUAUCACCGCUCUCAAGAAUAACUCCCCUAACGUCCGCAAGUAUACAUGGAACGUCGACAGUGAAAGGGCCUAGCCACCUGGUGAGGUGGGACCGAUAGGUCCGUCGCGGCUGAGAAAGAGGGAAGUGAAGGAAAGCAGGCGACGAGAGGCGAGAUUGACGAGAGGGCAGCUGCGUCGGCGCGGUCACCAGGCAUCGUGUGCCACCCCCUGGCCACGGGGGGUGGGACAGAAACACCGUCAGCGUGGGUGCCGGUGCUGCAGGGGCGCGCCUGGCCCGUCGGCUCGCCCGGAGAUUAGCACGCCGACUAGCGGCUAGCUCGGGCCCGUUUCGCCGAACCGGCCUGGCGACUUCGGGGGGCUUCACGUCGGCGGCGGUGGUCGUGGCGGCCACGGGGGAGCAGUCCGCUCCCCCAGCAGCUGCGCCACGCCAUACCACGCCGAACGGGAGCACGAGCGGAUCGAACACGAGCUCGAACCGCAAGAACAGAGCCAUGUCCAUGAGGAGUCUUCAUCGCCGCGUCUCUCACCCGGAGGGCGAGGGCGGCGGCGGUGGCGGCCGUUCUGUGACGAACGCUGGUGGGGGUGGAGGAGGAGGUGGAGGUCGACGGGCGCCGAGUUUACGAUUGGUGAACGGAAGAGCGACUACGGGGGUCAGUUUGCACACCAGCAGCACAGAAUCCGUUCGUUCACCCCAUCACCACCUCGGCCAGCAGCAGGGCGGCAACAACAACAACAACAACAAUAACAACAACAACAAUAAUAAUAACAACAACAACAACAACCAUAACAACAACAAUAACUGCCACGCCGGUAAUAACCCCGCCGCGAACAAUCAUCCACGGCUUAACAAAGAUGACAGCAUCAAAAUCAGUAUCGAGAACACGAACACUUGCACCGACAGCCUCGUCACUGCUCUAGACGACGAGACAUUGCUCAUCACUGAUUUCCCGGGCGACACAGGCAACGAGAUGAAUUACAAGGGCAGCGGGAAGGUCCACUUCGGAGUGGACGACGUGUCCCUCUAUGGGACGCCGAAGGAGGAGCCUGGUCCGGGCCUCCCGGGCCAGGAAGUCAAGCAGAGUUUCCUGAAGAAUCAGCUGCAGGCCCUGUUCCAGCCGACGGACAACAAGCUGGCCAUGAAGCUGUUUGGGAGCAAGAAGGCGCUGAUGAAGGAACGGAUCAGGCAAAAGGCGGCAGGUCACUGGGUCAUCCAUCCUUGCUCCAGUUUCCGAUUCUACUGGGACCUCUGCAUGCUCCUCCUACUGGUAGCGAACCUGAUAAUUCUGCCAGUCGCCAUUAGUUUUUUCAAUGACGACCUAAGCACUAGGUGGAUAGCCUUCAACUGCCUUUCCGACACGAUAUUCCUUAUAGACAUCGUCGUCAACUUCAGGACAGGUAUAAUGCAGCAGGAUAAUGCCGAACAAGUAAUCCUGGAUCCGAAGUUAAUCGCGAAACACUACCUCAGGACUUGGUUCUUUCUCGACCUCAUUUCCUCCAUACCACUAGACUACAUUUUCCUCAUAUUUAAUCAAUUUCAGGACUUUAGCGAGUCCUUCCAGAUCCUGCAUGCUGGCCGUGCUCUCAGGAUCCUCAGACUUGCGAAACUGUUGUCGCUCGUUAGGUUACUACGGUUGUCAAGACUGGUGCGGUAUGUCUCGCAAUGGGAAGAGGUCUAUUUCCUGAAUAUGGCAUCGGUGUUCAUGCGGAUUUUUAACCUGAUUUGCAUGAUGCUACUGAUCGGCCACUGGAGUGGCUGCCUGCAAUUCCUGGUUCCUAUGCUCCAAGGGUUUCCUAGUAACUCGUGGGUGGCCAUUAACGAGUUGCAAGACUCGUUCUGGCUGGAACAAUACUCAUGGGCCCUUUUCAAAGCCAUGUCGCACAUGCUCUGCAUAGGAUACGGAAGGUUUCCACCGCAGUCCUUGACCGACAUGUGGCUCACUAUGCUCAGUAUGAUCAGUGGUGCCACCUGUUACGCACUUUUCCUCGGACACGCGACGAAUCUCAUCCAAUCUCUCGAUUCCUCUAGAAGACAAUACCGAGAGAAGGUGAAACAAGUCGAGGAAUACAUGGCCUAUCGAAAGUUACCACGGGAGAUGAGACAGAGGAUCACGGAGUACUUCGAACACCGUUACCAGGGCAAAUUCUUCGACGAGGAAUUGAUUCUCGGCGAGUUGUCCGAGAAACUGAGAGAAGACGUGAUCAACUACAACUGCAGAUCGCUGGUCGCGUCGGUGCCAUUCUUCGCCAACGCCGAUUCGAACUUUGUCUCGGACGUGGUCACGAAGCUGAGAUACGAAGUCUUCCAACCAGGUGAUAUUAUCAUCAAGGAAGGUACAAUCGGCUCGAAAAUGUACUUCAUACAGGAAGGCAUAGUCGAUAUCGUGAUGGCGAACGGCGAGGUAGCGACCUCGCUGUCAGACGGCUCGUAUUUCGGCGAGAUCUGCCUGCUGACGAACGCGAGGCGGGUGGCCUCGGUCCGCGCGGAGACCUACUGCAAUCUCUUCAGCCUCUCGGUGGAUCAUUUCAACGCCGUAUUGGACCAGUAUCCGCUAAUGCGCAGAACGAUGGAAAGCGUUGCCGCCGAGAGGUAUAAGCUUUGGUUAAACAAAAUUGGUAAGAACCCAAACCUGGUGGCCCAUCGCGAGGAGGAUCUUGGCAGCGAAUCAAAAACGAUAAACGCUGUAGUGAACGCGCUCGCGGAACAAGCUGCGCACGCCAGCGCCAGUGAAGAAUCGGUGCACAGCAUGGAGCUGAGGACUCUUCCAGCUUGUCUGUUGCCCAGACCGAAGUCUGAGAACAACUUCGCGAGCCAAGAGCUCUCCAGGGAGGGACGGAAGAUCUUCCACAAAAGCGACACUUUCCACAAGGAAUCGUAUCAAUGACGACACUCGCUAUGCUAGCAUACGGAGAGAUACUAACGGCUCCAUGUUGAAACCAGUGGCGAUGCCCCCCCUCACCACUGUCCGCGGGAUCGUUGGUCACCGUUUCGAGUAACGGAUUCCGGACGCUACUCUAGAAGCAGUCAUAUAAAAUAGUUAUACUAUGCCAUGCCAGUAGUCCUCUAGCGAUCGGUUUCUAGCGCCUUCUUAUAUUAACCUGACGGCACGUUUGUCCGGAAUCUGUUCAUGGAAAACCGCACUGACCAAAGUAUCCCGUUCUCCAACGGCGGCGCAGCCUGACAGGACACUGUUUUGGAUCGAGGACAGACCGAAUACGAUUUCCAACACAGCAAUAAACGAUUAACCGGAAAGACACGGCGCGGGGAUGAAUUUCGAAGGAUCGAAGCGCUCCAUAGUACACUUCGUUGCGUUAAACUGGAGGAGCCAUUAAACGUUCGAAGGUCGCGCCGCCGAUUGGAGAAGACACGGAGCCGUUCCCUGCCGCGAGUCUCUUCACCAAGCCUGUCGUUCGGACGAGCGUCGAGCCACAGCGAAAACAGAAAAGACGCGGCCGACGACGGCGACGGAUGAAGAUCUUAAACGACGACGAAGAGCAGGCCUAGAAAUUUAUAGAGCGUAUUACUACAUUGUCCGUAUCUCGGACGGACGCAUUACGAACAAAUCCUAAACGAGAACAGCUGUGCAAAAUGACUCUCUGAUCGUGAUCACGCGAGUGAUCGGCGUUUCGCGCCUCGAAAUCCCGCGAAACGCUCUUGGUGACACGGGCUAGGAUCAAUUUCGAAUUUUUAUGGGGGGGAAGGAUGGAGCGAAAGGGAUGAGGAAGGUUUUCAUUUGGUUCAACUCUUCUUUCGAAGAAGGCAGGAGACUGUUGCAACGCAGAGAAAAAUACGUGCCGGAUUAUUUCAGUUGUUAAGUUCGUUGACCGUGUUUUAAACCGUAGCUUCGCGGCUUGCGAGUAUGCGAAUUCCCUGAACGAAGAUGGCGGCUGGGAGGCAAGAUCGCGACGAGCCGACAAGAUGGCGAACGCUCGCGCCUGGCGAUCGGGAAACGAGGCAACUGACGAGAGCGACGCGGAUGGGAGAGGCAAGAGGAUUCCAGAGUUUCGGAACUCGCUCACUUCCGCGCGGAAGAUUUAUUUUCUAACACGUCCGAUUCGAGGAUCGCCAUGGCGGAGUUGAUUGGCCGAGCUGUGGCUCACAGCCGGCGGCGAUAAGUAUCGGAGUUUAGGAAGACCGUCCUGAAACGUUAACAAGAUCCGAUCUACGGGGAAAAGAAAGCUAGAGGAAUGGCGCGAGAAUUUCAUAAAGGAGUUAGGGGUUCAAGGGGGAGGGGCUAGGGACGUGUGAAUGAUUAGGGAACGUACUACGGGAGAGAAACUACUAUUAUAGGAGAACAAAAAUAAAAAGUCUAAUCCAGUAGGCCCAAAGAGACCGUGUUAACUUGUUGAGAGUUCUUUGGGCUGCCAGGACUAAAACGUCAAUGAAUGUUCGAAAGGAUGAAGGAAGAAAAGAGGAUAAAAUAGGUAUGUAUUAAGUGGAACGCGGGGGAAGUAACAUUUUUAAUCGGGGGCGAGAACAGACACGAUGUACUAUAAGAGACAAAGAAAGAUAAAAGCUAUAAAUAUUAUGUAAUAAAUUAUUAUUAUUGUUACGAUUAUCAUUGCAAUGAUUACUACAUCCACUACCGCAUAAAUAACUAAUAGGCAGUUUAUCGAGGCGUGCGCGUGGGAAUUAAGAAAAAUAAAAUUCAAAUAAAACACGCAGGACGCGCGCCGCGGCGACGCGCCCGCGCGCGCGCGCGCGUACGAAGUACUAUCGCAUAGUGGUCAAUACCGUGUUGCAAGAUAUUAUGUAAUGUUUUAAAAUUGUAACGCAAGGAAGGGUUUUGAACACCGACAACACCAAAUAAUACUUACGGACAGUUUUCACGCGACCGAUUUCACCGGGAUAUAAAAGCUUCUUCUGAUGAGUUCACGAAUCGUUGGACGAAAAUUUUUGAGGUUACGCGGAUGAUUAACGUUCGAAGUCAAUUGACCAAAACUGUAAUUGUAUUAUUUUUGUAGCUGUUGAACGCGCAUCCCGAUAGCGGUGAUAUAUUCUUUGCGUAUUCGAAAGUUUAACGCGACUGUUGAUGCUUCUGAUGUUUCUAUACUAGCGGCAGGGCCCGCGGGCCAACUCCGAGGAAUAUAUUUUUUGGAUUGGUGGCUUCUGAACACGAACACGAUGAUAAUUUAGGAGUUAUUGAUAGAUUUACUGGAUAUCUUUACGUUAGCCUUUUCGCUACUUAUAGAACGCGCGAACUUCAUAUUUUAUAAA